AUGGAUUCAUGCUUGGAAGACCCAAUUUUAGAGAAUUAUAUCAUUAAAGCACCGAUCGGUACUGGCGCUUUCUCAAAGGUAUUCCUAGCAAUCCAUAAGCCUACAGGAUUUAAAGUUUCAAUAAAAGUUAUACCCAAAUACUCUAAUACUGAUGAUAUUAAACAACAAAUUAUGAUUAAGAGAGAAAUUGAUAUUAUGCGCUUGCUUAAUCAUCCGUAUAUUUGCGAUCUUUAUGAAACAGUCGAAUCUCAACAUUACAUGUACUUAGUUAUGGAGUACAUUAUAAACGGCACUUUGCUUAACUAUAUCAAUGACCGCGGAGCUUUAAAGGAGGAUGAAGCGGCAAACAUUUUUGCCCAAAUUGCAAUAGCCAUAAAAUACAUGCAAAGUGACUGCAACGUGGCACACAGAGAUAUUAAAACUGAAAACAUACUACUUGACAUAAAUAACAAUAUAAGAAUUAUCGAUUUUGGCCUCAGUAAUACUCCAACAGGAGACGAUAAGCUUCUUCAGACGCAAUGUGGUUCUCCAGCAUAUGCCUCGCCAGAGAUGAUUAUGGGGCAACAAUAUACCUUUUCGUCAGACGUUUGGAGCUGCGGAAUAUUGUUGUACGCAAUGGUUCUUGGAACAUUACCAUACUUUGAUGAAAACAUUUCAAAACUUGCACAGAAGAUAUUGUUUAAGGAUAUAGAGCUUCCGAUCACUUUAACCCCCAAUUGCCGAGAUUUGAUUACCCGCAUGCUUACAAAGAAUCCAAGGGAAAGAAUAACAAUCGAUCAGAUGCUUGCACAUCCAUUUAUUGCUGAGCAAGUCCAGUUUCAUUAUAAGAGUAUUUCAACUUUCGAGAUGAACGAAGAACUUGCAGCUUAUAAGCUUAGCAUGAUGGAAAUGGAAUUUGACAAUGUUAAAAAAAACCUUAGCAUGGGAGUUAUGAACCAAGGAACCGUAUCUUAUAUGAUAAUAAGAAGAGAGUACAUGAUCUCAGUAUUUAGCCAAUACAAAGCCACCAAAAACAAUGUAUAUGCUAGAAACGCUUCUCUGCAAGGUAUUGCAGUUAUAUCUGCUUUGCCACGCUUACAUGAAGUAACAAAUGGCUCUUCUUUCAAGAAGAGGGCAAAUUCCAUCAACGAAAGAACAGCCAAACUUAUAUCUAGAAGAAAACAGAAUCGUCGUUCUCUUCUUAUUGUUUAA